AUGGCCCACGACCCUUUGCAUGGAUCAUGCUCAUGUGGUCGUAAUGAGUACAUGAUCCAGAUCCCCGACGACGUGACCGAUCACGCUCAGAUCUAUUUUGACACCAGCCGAGACAACCGACGAUUUCAUGGAACACCUCUCACGGCAUGGCUGCGAGUGCCUCUAGAAUGGUAUCAGUCGCACACUCAAUCGUUCUUUCCAGACGAAACUCACUCUUCUAUCCGUCGCACAUUCACGCCCCGCCAUGCGCCCCAGACUCGGCGCGUUUUCUGCGGAUUCUGUGGGACCCCAUUGACAUUCUGGACUGAAGAGCCCAGUGAUGAAGCUAACUUUAUGUCGGUGACAAUCGGCAGUUUGUUCGGCGAGGAUCAGCGUGCCCUAGAAGACCUGGAGCUGCUCCCGGAGGACUCUGAUGAAGAGGACUCCAAGGCCGAACGUGCGAUUUCCUCUGUCCUUGCACCUGGGUCAGAGCUCGCAGCAUCUGGCAUAGUUGUUCCAUCUAACCGUGACUCAAAUAUCUCACGGAGCUUCCGGCGUGGUACUGCGGGUGGUAUCCCGUGGUUUGAGGAGAUGAUCGAAGGAAGUCGCCUGGGUCGCUUGAUGCGUGCACGGCGGGGUAUGGGUGUUAGUGAAGACCAAUCGACCUCUAUCGAAUGGGAGAUUAGUGAAUGGCAUGAUGACGGAACUGGUGGCCUUGUGCGGGAGAGUGUGCAUGCAAGUGGGCCAGCUUCGGGAAAGAGGAAGAGGGGACGCCAGGGGGACGCCGAGCCACCGAAACGGGUGUGA